UUUGCUAGCUCAUCCACCAAUUUUUCUAGGAUAAAUAUGUAUGUAGUUCAUGUAUAUAUAUUAUAUAGCCUCGUUUAUGUUCGUCAUCACCUUGCAACAUUCGCUCUCACAAUCGAUCACUAAAGGUAUAUAUACACUACAAGAAACACUCGCAGUUACUAUGUCUAGAGGACUUGUGCCAUCAGCAAUAAUACUACUAUUUAGCAACUUAAUCGUAGGAGCAUUGAGUGGAAAUUUCAUCAAGGAUUUUGAUAUAACUUGGGGUGAUCAACAUGCCGCGAUUUUAAACAAUGGGAAGCUUCUCACUCUUUCUUUGGAUCAAUCAUCUGGCUCGGGAUUCAAGUCCAAGAAUGAGUAUUUGUUUGGGAAGAUCGAUAUGCAAAUCAAACUCGUCCCUGACAACUCAGCAGGCGUUGUCACUGCAUACUAUCUAUCUUCACUAGGAGCGACACACGAUGAAAUUGACUUGGAGUUCUUAGGCAACAUGUCUGGCCAACCUUAUAUGCUACACACCAACAUCUUCACCCAAGGCCAAGGCAACCGAGAGCAGCAGUUUUACCUUUGGUUUGAUCCGACUGCUAAUUUCCACACUUACUCCAUCCUUUGGAAUCCCCAACUCAUUGCGUUAGUACCUAUAUUAUAUAGCAUCUCAUUACAACUUUACAUACUUCUUUUGUCCGAAAUUAAUUCACAUUACAAAAAUGUACUAACUUGACGCUAAGAUGGUUAUGCAUCCAUUAUUUAAGCUCUCACUUGACGCCAAGAUGGUUCUGCAUCCAUUAUUUAAGCUCUCACCAGUCGUAAUAGACUAAUGGUAGGCAAGCUUCCAAUUGGGCCAAGGCCUACAAUACUUGGCCCAGAGUUAUCAUGCCCAAAUGAAAUUGACAAAAUGCUGACACAGGGAAAUAUGGUCUUGA